UGUGUCUUUCCACAGUUGGAGGUGACCCAGGGGAUGGAAGAGGAGGACCUGGAAUAACCAAGAGAUCAAGGGAAAGUCCCCAUCACAUCCCAGCAGGGAGUGGUGUUGAAUUUUGGGAAAGAGCUGCUCCAGAGAUCAUGACUCAGGACACUAAGACCACAGACCUACGAAGCCAGUGGUUUAGACAGUUCCGUUACCAUGAGGCUGAUGGGCCACAAAAGGCUUGCAGCCAGCUCCAUGUACUUUGCAACCACUGGUUGGAGCCAGAGAAGCAUACCAAGAAGCAGAUCCUGGACCUGGUAAUUCUGGAGCAGUUCCUGGCCAUCCUGCCGCAGGAAAUGCAGUGCUGGGUCAGAGGAUGUGGGCCAGAGACCAGUUCGCAGGCAGUGGCCCUGGCUGAAGAUUUCCUCCGUAGUCAGGUACAGGAGAAGAGGCAAGAAGAGCAGAUGCAGGGACCAUCAGUGAAGAUGGAGGCUGACUUCUCUGAGGCUGAAGGAGCUGUGUUGGAGGACGGGCAGAGGGAGCGUGCCCAAGAUGCUCUCUCAGAUGCCAAAGAUGUCAAGGAGGAAGUUGAGAAAUUCCAGAGGUCUGCGUUGGAAAGAGACGAGGAAAAAUCUGAAUGUAACUUCCGGGAUCAAGAUGGACCAGAGAACCCGGAAGGAAACCAUGGAGAGAACAUGAGGGGAAAACCCAUUCCUUGCCAAGGAGGGGAUUUCCAUGAAGUAAUUUACAUGGCAGAGGAAACAUACAAAUGCUUGGAUUGGGGAUUAAAUUUCUCAGAUCAAACUCAAUAUGAUACCGAUUUCCAAAAGCACCCAGUGAAGAAGACCCAUAAUUGCUUGCAGUGUGGAAAGAGCUUCCUUUCUGGAGAAGAGCUCAUGAAACACCAAAGAAUCCACAUAAAAGAGAAACUGUAUAGCUGUGCAGACUGUGGCAAACGAUUUUCAAAGAAAUCGAGCCUUAUUGAACACCAGAGAGAGAGUUCUCACCAUUCAGGAGGGGAGUCAUUUAUCUGCUUAGGGAGUGGAAAGAAGUUAUCUGAUAGGACCACACAUAAAUGCAUUCUGUGUGGAAAGUAUUUCACCUCCAGAUCUCAGCUCCUUUUACACCAAAGAACCCACACAGGGGAGAAACCUUUUGAAUGCUCAGAGUGUAAAAAGAAAUUCAGUUGGAGUGGAAGUCUUCAACGGCAUCUAAGAACCCACACAGGGGAGAAACCUUUUGAAUGCUCUGACUGUGGAAAGAGAUUCAGUCAGAGUGGCAAUCUUCUACAGCAUCAAAGAACCUACAGAGGGGAGAAACCUUUUGAAUGCUCCAAGUGUGAAAAGAGAUUCCAUUGCACUCUUGAUCUUCAACAGCAUCUAAGAGGCCACACGGGAGAGAAACCUUUUGAAUGCUCAGAGUGUGGAAAGAGAUUCCAGUGCAGGGUCUAUCUUCAACGGCAUCAGAAAACCCACACAGGGGAGAAACCUUUCAAAUGCUCAGAGUGUGGAAAGAGCUUUAGCUUGAGAUGCCGCCUUCAACGACAUCUGAAAAGUCACACAGGAGAAAAACCUUUUAAAUGUUCAGAGUGUGGAAACAGAUUCAGAGAGAGUAUCAGUCUUCAGCGGCAUCUAAGAACCCACACAGGCGAGAAGCCUUUUGAAUGCUCCGAGUGUGGGAAGAGUUUUCAUUGCACUCGUGAUCUUCAGCGGCAUAAAAGAAUUCAUACAGGUGUGAAAACCUUUGAAUGCUCAGAGUGUGGAAAGAGAUUCAGUCAGAGUGGCAAUCUUCAGCUGCAUCAAAGAACCCACACAGGGGAAAAACCAUUUGAAUGCUCAGAGUGUGGAAAGAGAUUCAGUCAGAGUGGCAAUCUUCAACUACAUCAAAGAACCCACACAGGGGAGAAACCGUUUGAAUGCUCAGAGUGUGGAAAGAGGUUCAGUGACACAUGUAGCCUUCGAAAGCACCUACGAGUCCACACAGGGGAGAAACCUUUUGAAUGCACAGAAUGUGGAAAGAAAUUCAGUCAGAGUGGCCAUCUUCAAAAGCAUCUAAGAACCCAUGUAAGGGAGCAUGCAGCAACGCCCUUGACCCCAGACUUGCCUCCCAUGAUGGUCCAAGAUCCAGCAGAUUUAUAAUCUGAUGUGCUGUCAACAGAAUCUGGGCCAGCAUCAGAGAGCUGUGGGAGUCAAGUGCAGACACAGGCACCAAGCUCUUCUCCACUGUCAAAGGAUCAUGCGGCUCUGGGCUCACUGACACCAGAGACUAACAGGCCAGUGUUGAGCAGCAGAUGCCCCUGAACCCAGAGGUGGCAUCAGCCUCCAAGAUGGAGGAAGGCUUGGGCAGUGGGAGGGUGUAACUACCAGCAUUUGCAGCCAUGGAGGGAUGUCAGUUGAUGACAUCAGCAACCAGCCAUGAAUACCAGGGAGCUCAGAGAGUGGGAAGAGAUACCAUGUGGAGGGGGAUACCUUCCUGGGCAAGGAGUCUAAAGGAACAGAGAGGAUUGGAUGUGGAGCAGAGGGCGGUGAGGCACACCAGACCUAGGAAUAGAAAGAGAGGGGCUGGGAAUGAAGGAAGUGAGGAUCGAGAAGUCACAUAGUGAAAGUCAAUGUUAAAGGCGCCAUAAGAUUGAAGGAGAUGCUGCAGUAGUCAGCUUUGUGCUCCUCUUACCCUUUCUAUGGAUGACCAAGGUUGGGAGGAGGCAAGGAGAGAAGGAGAAAGGCACAGAGCCUUCGGAGAGUCUGGAGGGGUCCCAGAGGGACAAACCUUUUGAAUGCUAGGAGUAUGAAAAGAGAUUUCACACCUUAAUGACAACCACAGAAAACAUAAGAGUUGAGACCAUAUAAACUCGGGAGAUUUUACAUCUGCUCAGAAACCAUCCUAUAUAACCAUAGAAACCAAAUAAAAUUCAAACUGAGGAGAAAGGUUAUAAAUGCUAAGGUUGUGGAAGGCGGUGUUGUCAUGAACGAAUCCUCAGCUCUCACUGGAAAGGCAGCAAGGAUUUCUUUUUAGGGGGGCAAUGUGGCAGGAUGUUGAUUAAAUCACAAGUUUUCUUGCUGAUCCUUCGUGUUUUCCCCAAAUGUUCCCCAGAGGGUACUGUAUUCAGGGACUCAGAAUCUCUUGGUGAUCCCUGGGCUGAAGGAGGCCAAGCUGAGUACCGCCUGGGCCUUCUCCGUGGCAGCUCCUACAUGGGAGAAUGCACUCCCAGACAACAUCAGGGCCAUGCAGGACCUCUCAGUUCCGCAGAGCCUGCAAGACUGAACAUUAUUCUGUCUUGCGUUCAGUGAAUAAUUGUAGCUGCAGAACUGACUGUCUUUGCCACCAUCGCUGCUCCAGUAUUAUCAGUGCCGUACUUUAUGAGAUCACUGGAUGUCUCAUUGAGUGUUGUGUUUUUAAAUGAUUUGUGUAUUGUAUUUUAUGAUAUUAUAUAGCACCUGUUAUUGAUUGUUUUAUGUAUUUGUUUUAUGGUUUGUUAGCUGCCCUGAGCCCGCCUGCGGAAAGGGCAGAAUAUAAAUCCAAUAAAUAAAUAAAUGUUUUCAUUAA